AUGGCAGACUUGUUCCGCUAUGCUGGUGAUAUAGUGUUUGAUGGACAUCCUCCAUUUCCUGGCCAGAUCACAGAUGUCCAGCUCAAACAAUUUUCUGAAACCAGUAAUUUUUUACAGUGCACAAAGCCUCUCACUCCUCGUUAUCCAUAUUUCUUUGGUCAGAUUAGAGCAUUGUCAUCAAAGAGUAAAAUUACAAUUGGGAUAGCUGGACCCAACAUUGCUGAAGAUGCACACCCUGGGAAUUGGAACAGGACUGUGGGGUACCAUAGUAACAAUGGCAGCUGCUAUACAUGUCAUAGUGAUAUCGCAAACAGCAAUGGAGAGAAGUUCAGAAUUGGUGACACGUUCGGAGUUAUGAUAACCUACUUUGGCCAAACCAUGUCCACUGUGAUGUUUGUUAAGAAUGGGAAGCCAGUGGCAACCAGAUACCACUUUGAAACAAACCAUGGAGAUUUUUUGCCGACAAUAACAUUGGAGAAUGGUCCAAUAGACAUGGGCAUUAUGUGGCCAGAAGCUGCCAUAGGGGUGCCUAAAUUUGAUGAUAGAAACAUGCUUCAGUGGAUGCAUCCAAAAUUUGUCCAGUAUGAUAUUGCUAAAGAGUUAUUUAUAUAUAGUGAAUCUCCUGGUCAUCCAAACAAUAGUGUUGUUCCCAUACAGAGCCCACAGCCUCUAGACACAGGUUUUCAGCAUUUUGAGAUUGUUGUACAGGAUAUGGGCAGUUCUAAUGUGAGUCCUGCAAUAGGUGUCGCCACUUGUAGUCCAAUGACUCCGAGUCCUACCUGUGACUUCCUAAGGGAUUACUUUAGAUGGAUGGCAGAUGGGAAAGUGGCACAGGUAAGCCCUGGCACAGCGGUGGGCAUUGGUGUUUACUACAAUCCUGAUGAUCAGAGAAAACCUGAUUUUGACUGUAAGUCACAGCAGUUAGUUAUGGUCUUCCUGACAUUCGACAAGAAGCCUGCAUUGGCUAGACACAUGAUACAGCCUGAAGGGGGCUUCUUUCCUCUUGUAGUCCUUAGGAGUGAAUGUCCUAAGGUAAAGAUUGAUACACAGUCCUAUCGAACCAUUCCAAUCACAGAGUACAAGACAUAUGAUGAGUUGUUCUGGGAAAGUUUUGAGGAAGCCCAGAAUGACAUAAUGGCUGACACACUUAAAAGAGUACUGCGGCCAUUUAUGUUCAGAAAAUCAGAUGUUUUACAAAUUGACAUACCAGUUUAUGAUACAUAUGAAGUCCAGCCUCCUGAUAUGAGCAAGCAGCACUGUACUGUUCGUCUUCCAGCAGAACAUAUGGGUAUUCAUGUUGUACAGUUCCUAAAGCCAAUGACAGCAGAAGAAAACCAUUAUUACAUGGAGAUCAAGACUCUACAUGAGGAUUCUGUGGUAUACAUAGGUCUAGCUAAUGACCAGUUUUCCCUCAAGAAUCAUCCAGGGAAGGUCAACAACUCAACAGGCUGGUCCUCACGAGUUGGUCGUAUGUACUACAAUGGCAACUUUCAAGGCUAUACAAUGGGAGAGCGGUAUGAGGAAGGCGAUACUGUGGACUUGGAACUGAGUAACAUAGGACACAAGUGGCCUGUAGCAUUGUUCCGUAAGAACAACAAGGCUAUCGGUACACGCCACUACACUGUUUUAGACCCAGACCAGAUGCUGCCCACUGUAUCGCUGUGUGGUAAUGGCUAUGAGGUGGAGGUUAGGGUGUUCUGGCAGAUGAAGAUCUUCAAGACAACAAACACACCAGUGAACGAGAUUAAAAACUGGGUGCUGCCGAGUGGAUCAGAGGUAGAUGAGGAUAACAAUAUUGCCAUGGUUCCUGACCAUAUAGAGCCAAUAAUGCUACAGUCACCACACCCCUUCAUGUCAGACAAAGAUUACGACUUCUUUGAGAUAGAACUUAUAGACGACUUUGAUGCUGAACACAUUCCAGCAGGAAUAGCAGUGAGCACUCCGUGCUUCCAGGAACUUGAGCUGACAAUGUCUUCCAUUUACAGACAAGAUGUUGUUAAGUUCAUAGCUCAGGAAGAAGCAUUGGAAGCUGUUGCCAAAGGACAGAAGAUUGGAUGGGGAAUGAUAAUCCCUGAAUCUGAGAAGGAAAAGGAGGACAAGCUUGUGAUCCUUUACCUUUGUAUAGAUAAGAACAUCGCUAUCACCCGGGUCAUGUACCUUCCGCAGGGAGGGUUCUACCCAUUUAUCAUACUACCUCAGUCAGUUAAUAGAGUGAAAUUAACCCACACCAUCCAUAUUGCUGAGCAUCCAGUCACCACAAAUAUACAGGAACACUUUAUCAGUCAAGCCCAGGAAGUUAUUGCCAUGGAGAAGGAGGAGCUCGCUCAAGGCAGGGAUCCUCUUGACCUGGAAAUAGAGAAAGCAAGACUGUUUAAAGUGUGGGAUGAUACCAAAACAGAAACAUCCAAAAUUGAAACAGCGAGAUUCGCAAAAGUUGCUAUGGCUGCAACAGUAAUUGAACGGAAACGUGCAGAAAUCAGAAAUUCUAAAACAUGUGUGAUAUUAUGA